UGCUGAUGCUGGUGCUGAUGCUGGGGACGCGAGAAUAAUUUCACACCGGAGGCAAAGCUUUGAAACGGACCGACAGGGUUAUGAUGGACUUUAUUUUUAGCGUCAAAUAAACAAACGUGAAAUUCUGUCCACUGCCUAUCGCUAGAAGCGAGAAUUUGCUGAAAUAACUAAAGAAUCGCAGACAACGGUGAGAGUGAGACCCUGGUUCACAUCCAUCCCACGACCGCUGGAGGGCUGGAUGAGAAAGUUCCCAUCUUCCAUUUUGUCGAAAUCUUCCCUCCAACUGUCAGCUUCCAACUGGGCUCAGCACCCCAGAGAUCCUCAAUAUGGAGAGAACUGCCAUUUCCACUCCACUGCUCACAGUCUGUUUGCUUUUGGCUGCGUGUCGCUGUUCCCUUGCCGUUCCCUUCUGCCCUGCCCAGUGUGUCUGCGAGACCCGCCCAUGGUACACACCGCAGUCGGUCUACCAUCAAGCCAAGACUGUUGACUGCAACGAACUCCAUUUGAGCAGAAUCCCCUGGAACAUAUCAGUCGACACUCAGGUGCUUCUUCUUCAGAGCAACAACAUCUCCAGGGUGAACUCAGAACUCCGUAGUCUGGUCAAUCUCACGGAACUGGAUCUCUCACAGAACCACUUCACGCAGAUCAAAGAUGUCGGCUUGACCAACCUAACCCAACUGGUCACGCUUUACCUUGAGGAAAACCAAAUAAAGGAGCUGCCUGAUUUGUGUCUGAAGGAUCUGGUCAACUUAGAGGAGCUUUAUAUUAACCACAAUCAAAUCUCUUCUAUUGGUCCUAAUGCGUUUUCAGGCUUGGGGAACCUGUUGAGGCUCCAUCUCAAUUCCAACAAGCUCGUGGCCAUAGACAGUCAUUGGUUCGAGGCCCUACCCAACCUGGAGAUCCUGAUGAUCGGGGAGAAUCCGAUUCUCGGGCUUCAGGAUAUGAACUUUCACCCCCUUUCUAAACUACACAGUUUGGUGUUAGCGGGAAUGGGGCUCAGGGAAAUCCCUGAGGGUGCAUUCCAGGGAUUAGAGUAUCUUGAGAGUCUCUCGUUCUUCGAUAACAAGCUAACAGCCGUACCGAGAAAAGCCCUUCGUGUUCUACCCAGCCUCAAGUUUCUUGACCUCAAUAAGAACCCCAUUGCCCGCAUACAGGAAGGUGAUUUCCGUGACUUUCCUCACUUGGAAGAGCUCAGUCUGAACAACAUGGAGGAACUGGUGUCUGUGGAGAAGGGGGCGUUCUACAACCUUCCACAGAUGGCCAAACUAGAGCUCUACAACAACCCCCACCUGUUUCUUAUAGACCGCGCUGCUUUUGGGAACAUGCGCAGCCUGCGCACCUUACUGGUUCAUAACAAUGACCUCACGUUAUUGCCCCAUGAGAUUACAUCUGCCUUCCCCAGUCUGGACGAAGUCAGUCUCCAUAGCAACCCACUCAGGUGCGAUUGUCUCGCAAACUGGGGCCCAGUCCUUGGCAACCAAUCCAGUCUCAAACUUUUAGAACCCCAAAUAACUCUUUGUGCCUCACCUCCACAUCUCAUUGGCCAGUCUCUACAGGAAGUAGUGUCUGCAAGUUGGAAUGGGGCGAGCAAUACCUGUCUCCCUCUGAUUUCCCAGCAUGCCUUCCCUCCACAGCUCAACGUCACCGUAGGUCAGCUUCUCACACUCAGCUGCUGGGCUGUCGCCGAUCCUGCGCCGCAGUUCUACUGGGUGACGCCCACCGGUGACAAAGUAACAUCCGAAGCCGUUUCACCAUCCUUGAACGAGGGCGAGGGAAUCAAGAAGAAGCACCGGAUGCAAAACCAAGGCGCUCUGGAGAUCCCACACAUUGAACCGGAGGAUGCUGGGCUGUACACGUGUGUCGCUUGGAACGCGGAGGGGGCGGACACUCGGAGCGUCUCGGUGUAUGUCGAUAAAAUUAAUUUUGAAGGGAAACGCCAAAGUUCAGGUCAUCAUGGGGUGGUGAACAGAACGGGAUCCUUAAUAGUCCUGGCGAAAAUCGUCCAUGCCCAGUCCGUGGUACUAGAAUGGAAGGUCCACCCAUCUGCCCCCUCGGUCACCCAUGAGGUGACACAACCCAAGUGGCUAAGCGCUACCGUUAAGAUCGACAAUCCACAGAUUAGCUACACCGCGAUGGUUCCUGUAGAUGUCCAAGAGUAUAACCUCACACACCUGCUUCCCUCCACAGAGUACCAAGUUUGUCUCACCAUGGCCGCCAAUGAGCAAACCCAGCACUCUUGCAUCAACGUGACCACCAAGGAAGCUAGCUUUGCCGUGGAGAUGGUCGCCCAGCAGACCAACGUAGCACUAGCGGCGGUCAUGGGCUCGAUGUUCGCCAUAUGCAUCAUGGCACUGCUGGUGUUCUACAUGGGUCGGCGCAUGAAGCAGAAAUCUUGUCACCACUCUCUUAAGAAAUAUAUGCAGCACACCACCUCCAUCCCCCUGAACGAGCUCUAUCCACCUCUCAUCAACCUCUGGGAGACGGAGACCGAGAAAGAGAAAGAAGGACCGGUCGACCCUCAAAACUUACAGAUAGACACCUCAAAAACGUACAUGUGGUAGCUGCACUGCAGAAAGUAGAGAGACGUUUGAAACACUGCGUGUGCUGUCUUGAACAUAAAUGACAUGUAUUACUGAUUCGUCAUCGUGAGAGAUAAAUGUAUUUUUAGAUCGCACCCUUUGACACAGAGCACACUUGGUUGCAGUUGUGAUUUGUUCAAAUGUACAGAUGUGGGAAGCGAAACACAGUCUAUGAUUUUGCAUUACAUUGUGUUUUCUGCGAUUAAUACAACGUUAAGCAUGCGAACAUGUUAUUUCAUAUCAUUUUAUAGCAAGCUAAUACAGAUCGACACCAUUUAUAUCACCUCACACAUAUCAAAUCACAUGGUAUCAGUAUCACAGCUUUUGCAUGAAAGCUUUGCAUGAUGUUUUGGUGAUAGCAGGGAGAGUUUUUUUCUUCUUCGUUUUCUCACUUCUAAAAAUACACAGGGUGCGAGAACGUGACGGAAAUGUGUGUUCAUUGCCCUCAAUUGUCUUCAUUCUGUCACGUUUUAUCACCGGCGUUGUAUUGAAAAUUAAACUUAAACCAAACCUGCCAGGUGCUACGAGGUUGCAGUUACAGCAAACUAAUUUGCCGUCACGUGAAAUUAAUUUCUGGAACACAACACCACAGCUGUGCUUGCAUUUUAAUAUCACUUUUAAAUAUCAAUUUAUUAAAGAGUGCUUGAUUCUGACUGUUUAUUUGUACCGACUGAAAAUAUAUUCCACAUUUGAUAGAAAUCAAAAUGAUCAUUGCAUUCAAAUGACAUUUACUUGCAGGCUUUUAGCGUUGCUGUCCCACCAAUAAUUGAGUCUGUUUUGCACCGUAUGCAUUUGGCAUUUUCAAUUACAGAGAAUUGCUUCAGGUCUCAUUUAAACAUGUUGCCAAAUUCAAUAUUGACACAGGUCUUUUUUGUUAAAAGCAUGAUGUCGUGUGUUAGGUAACAGAAGUGUGUGGUGGGCGAGAAAAUUGAAAAUAAAUCAAGUGUAAUUUUUUCCUCGCCUAGUUUGACUUCUAGCCGUAACCUUUCCCUCAAAACAAUAGUCACACAUCAGAUCUGUUGCUGUUACAUUAAACCUGUGAGAUUUUGACAAUGCUAGAUCGUACUGGUUUAUACAAAUGUUUGUAUUUAUAUUGUUUUAAUACAAAUGUUAUGCAAGACAUAGAUAGAUUUACAACCAUUAGAAUUAGUUGGUAUUUUACUUUAUUGGGGGAUGGAUUCUAGCUUUAAGUCAUCUGUCCAGAUAUUACUGAAAUAUAACCAAAUUUUGCUUUAAUAUAUGUUUUUUCCAAAUAUGUACCUUUGAAAACCGUAUGUUUUGAACCAAAGGUGAGACACAUUAAAUCUCUCUCAUCGUUAACAGUCAACAAGAUGUCAUGAUAUAUGUUUUCUUUACAUGUUUGCUCAGUUGUGUGUAUUAUCUUUUUGUUGUCUAAAAUAAGCUUCUAUGCUGUAAUUUAUUUUGUAAUUGGAGCUCAUAAUUGGCAUUCAAUUCAUUUAGAAUAGAACACAUAGAGUAGAAUUGGCACGUAGUAGUCAGUUCUGGUGUGAAAUGUUGAAGAUGGUCAUACUCCUGUCAUAUGUUUUUAACAUAUUCUUUCAUCACUGACUGUAGAUCAAAUUGUGUGUUAUUAUUGGAAGAAGAACACAGAAAAUGUCACUUUAGAUUAAGCAUAAACUAUAUCACAACAACUCUGCCCUCUAGUGGCGGAGAACACUAAUGACGUCUUACACAAGUUGCUGUAUCUCAGCAUAGCAGGGUAUUUUGUAAUAGAAGAAUAUUAUUGUUAUAUUUCGAUUAAGUCAACAAUAAUGGUUUUACACUCUUAAGACGUGUUGUGGCGUCCGUGCUGAGUAGUUCAGGAGAAAUUACUGUCUGAAGAAACAUUUGAAAGAAAUAAACACAAUAUCACUACA